UAUUGGCCAAGUUCUUUUUUUGCGUGUUUAUGGACCGAGACGGAGUCUCGGUCCAUAAACACGCAAGAAAAGAACUCACACUCGGUCGAUAACCCAUAUAUAGCGGAUAUCGUGUUUUCACCAUGUGAAAGAGGCGAACUACUUUAUGUAAGAACCCUUGACGAGUAUAUAGGUUAUUAAUUAUUUUUAGUGCCAGCGGUUUUCCAGUUAUAAUUACAUUUCAACCUGCAACCUGCACCCUGCAAAAAAGACCUGCCGCAACUACCCCUCUCGCUUUAUCAACGAAUGUGAAAGAGCGCUGGCAACAAAACCAACUAAGCCUACCACAAAUGGUUUUGUAGUACUUCCUUCCGUUAAGGACGUCUCCGAAAGAAUUGGUCGCUUACUAAAGCAACAAAGUUUACAAGUUUCCUACACGCCACAGAACCAUCAACGCUCAGCAAGAUGGCGGACGGCAGUGAUCGUGAGGUAACACAAGCUGACCAAGCUGAUCAAAAUGAUAUAAAUAGGCAAUGAAAUUUACUUUUUUUACAGAUUUAGAUAAGUUAUUGAGUGAGUAUGAGCAACAUCGGUCAACGAAUGACAUUGCAAUAACGGAAAACUUGAUUAUUAGUUUGGAAAAUGAAGUUCGAGCUUUGCAAAAUGUAUCUCACUUCGUGUCACAGACCAACAAGGAAACAGUUCUGGAAAUGACCAGGAAUUUCCGGUUGAUGUUUUGGGACUGCCAUCGUAGAUUUCCAAGUCGAACAAGAUGUUCACAAGUUGUCGUUUUGUCAUUAAGUUUACCAAAUAGAGUAGAUACCAGGCAGGUUGGAAGGCCAAAAUUUGACAUAAAGGAAGAGACUUUGGCCGAGCUCCGUUCUCUGGGUUUUUGCUGGGAGGACAUCUCUCGUAUGUUACUCGUCUCUCGCUGGACUAUUUACCGCAGGGUGUCAGAGUUUCGCCUUACCCACCUGUCCCGUUUCAGUGACAUCACAGAUGAACAAUUGGACAGCAAAGUCAGUGCUUUUCUGAAUGAACAUGGCUGCUCAGUCGGAACUUCAAUGGUUUCGGGUCAUUUGAGAUCUGAGGGGUUAAAUAUACAGCGAGAGCGGGUUCGUAAAUGCCUUGCACGUAUAGACCCUUGUAAUGUCAGGAUACGUUGGGUGACAACAGUUUCACGACGAGCAUACUCGGUAGCUGGGCCAAACAGCCUUUGGCAUCUAGACGGCCAUCAUAGUCUUGUUUCAUGGGGAUUUGUAAUCCACGGGGCAAUUGAUGGGUUUUCACGGUUGGUAACCUUCUUGCAUUGCUCGACAAACAAUAGGAGUGGCACAAUGGCGGACUUGUUUCUAAAAGCAACCCAGGAGUAUGGCUGGCCAUCAAGGGUGUGAACCGAUCACGGAGGAGAGAACACGCAAGUUUGUCAGUUAAUGGAAAAUAGAAGAGGAUCCAACAGGGGAAGCUUCCUGGUUGGUUCUUCCACUCAUAAUCAACGAAUUGAGCGCCUUUGGCGGGAUGUCUUUAGAUGUGUAGCACACAUUUUCUACUAUACAUACCAAGCCAUAGAAGAAAGCGGUUUACUCGAGAUAGAUAACCCCCUGCACGAGGUUGUUCUUCAUUAUGUGCAUUUGCCACGUUUAAACAAGGCACUAUCAAGUUUUGCGUCAGCCUGGAAUAACCACCCGCUAAGAACAGAGAACAACUGGAAUCCUGAGAGGAUCUGGGUUGAUGGGAUGAUGGAUCUGAGGAAUCAUCAAUUGAUGGCAGUUGCUGACAUUGCUGAUCAGGAGCUGUCUUUUGAUGAUUUGACUUGGUACGGAUAUGACCCAUCUGCAACCACUCCUACGGAUGAUGGAUUGUGCACAGUUGAAAUUGAGGACGUUGACAUUGAACUUCCAGGAAAUGUCAUACAUGAUCUUACAGCAGCUGUUAAUCCACUUCAACUGUCAAACAGCAAUGAGACAGAUCUCUUCAUUGACUGUCUUCACUUCUUACAGUCAUGAAACAUGUCAUGCUAAAACAUAUGAAGCAGUAAAAUCUUAUUGCCUGCUGUUUGAAAGUCCUCACUACAAUUGACUUCUUUGACAGAACCACAUUGCAAAGCUGGCAGUUAUACCUAAUUCGCUUCUAAGUAGUUACAAUUAUUACUUUUUGCCAGAGAAAAUCAAUAGUAUGGUAGGCAAGUCAACUGACACUUGUGCAUGUAUGUAAGGUUUCAGUGAUGCAUUAUGGGUAGUAACUAUUGCUUUCAACCCUAAAACAAACUUGCUAAUUUUACUUCUUAAAGGUGCUAUGAAACCCAAAGAGGAUUUUUUCAAACCAUCAAUACAUUACACUCCAGUAAGGUUUCUCUUUAUUGAAUAACUAACACGACAGUUUCAAUUGUAUUCUGUAUCUAACACAACAGUUGCAAUUGUAUUUUGUAUCUCAAGGUAUGUGUUACAAUAAUAUUGUAUUUUGUAUCUAAAAGUAUGUGUUACAUCAAAUAUAAAAGAAGUAGUUUCAACACAAAUACUGUUACUGUUAACUUGGAUAAACACAACAGAAGUUUAAGGUGGCUGAACACACUUUUUGAUACCUGUGUUUCAUUCACCUUUUUCUCUAAAACCCUUGAUC